AUGUGCCCCUCGACUGGCUCCGAGGGCCAGACAACGGGGGAGCUGUACCAACGCUGGGAACGGUACCGCCAGGAGUGCCUGGAGGCGCUGGAGGCUGCAGCACCCCCAAUAGGCCUCGCCUGUAACGGGUCCUUCGAUAUGUAUGCUUGCUGGGACUACGCUGCGCCCAACGCCACCGCGCGCGCCUCCUGCCCCUGGUACCUGCCCUGGCACCAACAAGUGGCCACCGGCUUUGUUCUCCGCCAGUGUGGCAGCGAUGGCCAGUGGGGGCCUUGGAGGGACCACUCCCAGUGUGAGAACCCAGAGAAGAAUGAAGUCGUCCAGGACCAAAGGCUGAUCUUGGAGCGGCUGCAGGUCGUGUACACUGUCGGCUACUCACUGUCCCUUGCCACUUUGCUGUUGGCCCUGCUCCUCCUGAGUGGCUUCAGGAGACUGCGCUGCACUCGGAACUACAUCCACAUCAACCUGUUCACAUCAUUCAUGCUGCGUGCUGCAGCCAUCCUCACACGAGAUCGGCUGCUGCCCGGGCCUGGCCUUAGUCCCGGGGAGCAGGCCCCGUGGAGCCAGGCCCUAGCUGCCUGCCGCACGGCCCAGGUCGUGACCCAGUACUGCGUGGGCGCGAAUUACACGUGGCUGCUGGUGGAGGGUGUCUACUUGCAUAGCGUGUUGGUGCUUGUGGGAGGCUCUGAGGGGGACCACUUCCGCUGCUACCUGCUCCUUGGCUGGGGUGAGCCCCGACCCACGCCCCAGCCUGGCUUCCUGGUCAGCGUCCUUUACUGCUUCAUCAAUAAGGAGGUUCAGUCGGAGAUCCGCCGAGGGUGGCACCGCUGCCUCCUGCACCGCAACCUUGGGGUGGAGCUGCACCACCAGCCGCAACGCUCCUCGUGGACGCUGCCCAACAACCUUGGCCCUGGCGAGAUCCCCUCUGGCCACACUGCAUCCUCAGGGGUCCUCCCGGAGGCUGGGGACGAGGCCAGCAGAGUCUCAGAAAGUUACUGCUAGGCGGUGGGAUUAGCAUGUAUUUAUUGAGCAUCUACUGAGUGCCGGGCCUGGCGUGUGGGUGGGAGGCUGAGGAAACCUGGGUGAAUGAAAGUAAAGACUAGGGCCCUUGCAGUCCU